GCCGCCGCUGCACCGAGCAGGAGCGCGAGGUCGCCGCCAGUCUGCGCCUCGGAGACCUGCCUGUCUCCCCGCCCCUUGCUCCUGCAGAAAAUGCUCAGAGACGGCCGGGCGCCCGCUCUGGCACGCUAAUAGGCAGUUCUUUUCCUCUCCAACUUCAGGUUCUAACUUUGGAGCGCUUUGCAGCCGCUUCUUCCAGGUCUGCAAGGAGGCGCGGAGUCAGAGGCUCGGAUCCCUCUGCAGUCAGCGCCCUGGUCGCCCCAGGACGCACCGUGCGGUGCCCGGGUCCUUUCCGAAAGGGGCUCCUCUGUUUUCAGUCGUGUGUGGCGGCUGGGGGGCGGCUACCACAGGCCGGCGUCUCGUUCGGCCCAGCGCUCCUAGCGAACUUCACACUGGAGAGCCAAAAGGAGUGGAAGAGCGUGUCUUGGAGAUUAUCCCGGGGAAAUCCUGAGGUCAUUCAUUAUGAAGUGUACCGCCCAGGAGUGGCUCAGAGUAACCACAGUGCUAUUCAUGGCCAGAGCAAUUCCAGCCAUGGUGGUUCCUAAUGCCACUUUAUUGGAGAAACUUUUGGAAAAGUACAUGGAUGAGGAUGGCGAGUGGUGGAUGGCCAAGCAAAGAGGGAAAAGGGCCAUCACAGACGACGAUAUGCAGAGUAUCUUGGACCUUCAUAAUAAAUUACGAAGUCAGGUGUAUCCAACAGCUUCUAAUAUGGAGUACAUGACAUGGGAUGUAGAGUUGGAAAGAUCUGCAGAAUCUUGGGCUGAAUCUUGUUUGUGGGAACACGGACCUGCAAACCUGCUUCCGUCAAUUGGACAGAAUUUGGGAGCACACUGGGGAAGGUAUAGGCCCCCAACCUUUCAUGUACAAGCAUGGUAUGAUGAAGUGAAAGACUUCAGCUACCCACAUGAGCAAGAAUGCAACCCAUAUUGUCCCUUCAAAUGUUCCGGACCUGUCUGUACUCACUAUACACAGGUGGUGUGGGCAACAAGUAGCAGAAUAGGUUGUGCCAUUAAUCUGUGCAACAACAUGAACAUCUGGGGGCAGAUAUGGCCCAAAGCUGUCUACUUGGUGUGCAAUUAUUCCCCAAAGGGAAACUGGUGGGGCCACGCCCCUUACAAACAUGGACGACCCUGUUCUGCGUGCCCACCUAGUUUUGGAGGGGGCUGUAGAGAAAAUCUGUGCUACAAAGAAGGAUCAAACAGCUAUUACCCUCCUCGAGAGGAAGAAACAAAUGAAAUCGAACGGCAGCAGUCACAAGUCCAUGACACCCACGUUCGGACAAGAGCGGAUGAUAGUGACAGAAAUGAAGUCAUAAGCACACAGCAAAUGUCCCAAAUUGUUUCUUGUGAAGUAAGAUUAAGAGACCAGUGCAAAGGAACAACCUGCAAUAGAUAUGAAUGUCCUGCUGGCUGUUUGGAUAGUAAAGCUAAAGUUAUUGGCAGUGUACAUUAUGAAAUGCAAUCUAGCAUCUGUAGAGCUGCAAUCCAUUAUGGUAUAAUAGACAAUGAUGGUGGUUGGGUAGAUAUCACUAGACAAGGAAGGAAAAAUUAUUUCAUCAAAUCCAAUAGAAAUGGUGUUCAAUCAAUUGGCAAAUAUCAAUCUGCUAAUUCCUUCACAGUCUCUAAAGUAACAGUUCAGUCCAUCACUUGUGAAACAACUGUGGAACAGCUGUGUCCAUUUCAUAAACCUGCUUCACAUUGCCCAAGAGUGUAUUGUCCUCGUAACUGUAUGCAAGCAAAUCCACAUCAUGCUCGUGUAAUUGGAAAUCGAAUUUAUUCUGAUCUGUCCAGUAUCUGUAGAGCAGCAAUCCAUGCUGGGGUAGUUCGAAAUCACGGUGGUUAUGUUGAUGUUAUGCCUGUGGACAAAAGAAAGACUUAUACGGCUUCUUUUCAGAACGGAAUCUUCUCAGAAAGUUUGCAGAACCCUCCAGGAGGAAAGGCAUUCAGAGUAUUUGCUGUUGUGUGAAGUGGAACACUCGGAAGAGGAUAGUAAAAGCAAUUCCAAAUGCCAUAUUUCUGAAGUUUGUAUAAAACUGUAACAUUACUGUACAGAAGAUACCAACUCUUUCAGCCCAAGAAAGUACCAAAUGCGUAUAAACCUUGAUAGACAGUCUGUAAAAUAAAACAUGGGACAUUAGCUUUGGAAAAACAAUGAAUACAGAAUGGUUUUAGAAAUCCUGUGUUAAAUUUUGCUAUAUUUUCUUAGCACUUAUUUCUACAGUUAAAUACAUAGGCAUGAUGGUUCUACAUUUCAUAUGUUACAUGGUGCUUUGUAUAUGCCACUAAUGAAAUGAACUUAAAUGUUGAAUGUGAAUGGACCUCAGAAUAUCAUCUGGUGCAUUAAAAAAGUAAUGAUCUCCAAAAAUGGAAAGAAACUAUAUUAUCACAUUUUUUUCAGUCCAAUGCGUUGUGUAUUCUAAAUAAUCCCAUUUAUUUUCCAGUUAAUUCUUGUACAGUUUUUCUCUUCUGUUAGGUUUAGGCAUAAAGAAUAUUCAGUCCUGUUACUGCACUUUUUUUGUAUAAAAUAAUCCAUUACUAUACAAAUGAACAGGAGCUCUGGUGGUACAGUAGUUAAGUGCUUGGCUGCUAACAGAAAAGUCGGUGGUUCGAACCUACCAGCCUCUGCGGAAGAGAGAUGUGACAGUCUACUUCCGUAAAGAUUUAUAGCCUUGGAAGCCCUAUGGGGCAGUUCAACUCUGUCCUGCAGGGUUGUUAUGAAUCAGAAUCGACUCAAUGACAGUGGGUUUGGCUUUAUCAAAUUAAUCAGUUAAAAUGCCUGAUUCCUUGGGAAUGGCCUUAAUAGUAAAUGGAAUAAACUCAGAGUAGUGGUAUUAAAAAUAUUCCUAGUGCUCAUAUAAAAAGUAUAAGGAUAAUUAUGGGCAGCCAGAGCUUCCUGUGUAUUAAAAUUGAGGGCACACAUUUUCUUUUGUAUCCUGGCAAAUACUCCUGCAGGCCAGGAAGUAUAAUAGCAGAAAGUUUAACAAAGAUGAACCAUCGCCACUCAUUUUCUUAAUGGUAAAUGGCCUUGUGUAUUAAUGUUACCAUAUUUUGGUACCUAUAAUGGUGAUAUAUUUGUUUCUAUGAAAAAUGUAUUGUGCUUUGAAACUAAAAAUCUAUAAAACAUUACUUUUGGUAAUUUUUUUUUUUCUUGCUGGUGAUUUUAUUCUUUUCUAUUCCUAUAAAAAU